UCAUCAUCCACUUCCACUUCCACCCUCCUCUGCAUUUGCAACCACGCGCAGACAAGAACAAGACGCGCAGCAAAGCGCAGCAGCAGCAGCAGUAUUAAUCGAGGCCAAGGACAAGGAGCAGUGGCAAUUGUUGUUGGGAGAAGAGCGAGUUGUUGGGAGGGAGAAAGGCCAAGAAGAGGAGGAGGAGGAGGAGGAGGAGGAGGGGAUCAAUGGAGAUGGAGAGCCCGCGGAGCCCGGAGGCGGAGAUCGGGCACAGGGUGGAGGACCUGUGGGAGGUGGCGGAGCCGCAGCUGUCGCCGUCCGAGAAGCUCAACUCCUGCUUCGAGGACAUCGCCGUCGCCUCCUUCCCCCGCCCCCUUGGCUCGCAAGUAAUCGAGAUACCUUCAAAUGCUAGUCUGGCUGAUACUGUUGAAAUAUUAUCCAAAAACAAAAUUUUGAGUGCACCCAUAAGAAAUGUUGAUGCUCCAGAAGAUGCUAGUUGGAUUGACAAAUACAUUGGCAUUGUGGAAUUUGCUGGUAUUGCUAUGUGGUUGCUCUAUCAGUCUGAGGCUGCAGCUAAUGGCACGGCUGGUUCUGCCGUAGGGUCACCAGUAGCCAAUCUAGUAUCUAGGCUAGGCUCUUUCACAUUCAGAAGGACAUCAUCUGGCAGGGUAGAAACCACCACUGACCCAGAAUCAGAUGAAACCGCAUCGGUCGGUGGGAGCUUUUUCGAAACACUCACUUCCUCUGAAUUCUACAAGAACACAAAGGUUGGCGAUAUCUCAGGAAGCUUCCGAUGGGCGCCAUUCCUGGCACUGCAGACAUCUGACACAUUCCUCACCAUGUUGCUGCUGCUGUCCAAGUACAGGAUGAAGAGCCUCCCAGUAGUAGACAUUGGGGGAGAUAAGAUUGAGAACAUCAUUACGCAAUCUUCCGUUGUGCACAUGCUUGCAGAGUGUGUUGGACUUCCUUGGUUUGAGAGCUGGGGAACUAAGAAACUCUCCGAGCUGGGGCUUCCUCUCAUGAAGCCAUGCAAACUCGUUAAGGUAAAUGAAGACCAACCUGUGUUAAAAGCCUUCCAACUGAUGAGGGAAAAAGGCGUUGGUGGCCUCCCGGUUAUGGACACAAGUGGCACAAAAGCAAUUGGCAAUAUCAGCAUCAGAGAUGUCCAAUAUCUUCUAACUGCCCCCAACAUAUACAAAGAUUACAGGACAAUCACGGCCAAGGAUUUCCUUACCGCGGUCCGGCAACACCUUCAGGAGCAACACGAGGCCUCGCCGUUGCUCGGCUCCGUCAUCACAUGCAGAAGGGAUGAUGAAGUCAAGGACAUCAUACUGAAGCUGGACUCGGAGAAGAUCCACAGGAUCUACGUGAUCGAUGACAAGGGGAACACCGAGGGGGUCAUCACGCUGAGGGACAUAAUCUCCAAGCUGGUGCACGAGCCACGCCAUUACUUUGGGGAUUUCUUCGAUGGUGUUGUUCCCCUGCCUCCAAACAGCACUGUAUGACACGGCCCUUGAGAUUUCAUCACGCUGGUGUGCUCUUGUAAAUUGUACAUUAUGUCCCUUUACGACAAUGGUUCCAAAUGGAUGGGAAUAGUGUACAGUUUGCCUUGUGUAGUUCUUUGGCAGUGGAACAACUAAUGGACUAAUGGAUAGCACGGGUGUACAUUCAAUAACUUGAAAUAAUAUCUGAGCUCCCUUCUGUAUGUUUUUAUGA